AUGGUUCUUAAUGCUCAAAGGAAAUUUAUCAUUGAGAGAAAUUAUGUCUUGAGUGAUCAUCGGCCUUAUGGUUUGCUAACAAUGCUUCAAGAUCGAAAAUGGACAGGUUCUUUGGUUAAAUUUACUGGUUUUGUGGAUAGAAUAGUCAAGGAAUUCUAUGCCAAUCUUACUAAUGAAAUUAUAGAACCUAAAUCUUCUUUGUAUAAUAAAGUGUUUGUUAGGGGCCAUUGGUUCUCUUUUUCUCCUCAAGACAUCGCCCUUGCUUUACAUCUUCCCCUUGAUGUCGAGGAUGAUGAUAAUGUUGCCUCUCUUGACAAGGAUACAGUUAUCACUGAAUUGGUAGGGCAAAAAAUGGUAUGGCCAUCUAAUACAGUCAUCUCAGUCUCUAAUCUCACCUACACUUAUGAUGUCCUCCAUAAGUUUGCCACAACUAAUUGGAAGCCCACCUCUCACACUGCCACUAUCUCUUUUGAUAUGGCUUCAUUUUUGUACAAGGUGGGGACCAGUCUUGGUAUAAAUUUGGCUUUGGUUAUUCAUGAUCAAAUCAUUGGUUUUCGCAAAGAAAAAAGAUCUUCACGUGAUCAAGAAGAUUUGGUGGCUCCCACUACUGCUGUUUCCUACAAGGCCUCUACUCCUCCUUCUGAAGCCACUGAUGUUCCAUCAACCAAGAAAGUCAAGCCCCAAUCUCUGAAGUUUGCCUCGGAUGACAUUCCUCAUGCGUCCUCCUCUGUUGCCACAGAUUCCGGACUUGUUGCAACAGAAAUAGCUGCUGUUCGAGCCUCUGUUGAUUCUUUGGCUGCUCGAGUGAUGUCAAUUGAAGGACUGCAACAUUCUAUGUUGGAGGCUAUUCAAUCUUUGUCCAAAGAUCCAGUCAUUUAG